AUGACCACAACAGCCCUGUCUUCUGGCUGGGAUAGUGGUUUCGCCAACAUUGACCUUCAGUCUAGUCGAACAACUGAGGCUGAAGUGCCAACCCCUCCUGAGAUAUCGAACGCACAACUGGCCCAAACUCCUUCCGACCAUGAGGAUGAUGGCGACCAGGGUCCCGACCGCAGAGACGUCGAGGCCAAUACUGACUCAAAUGAAAACAGAGAAGGCUCCACAGGGUGGGUAUGGGCACGCAGUCGAUUGAGAAAAUUGAUUAAAGAGGCGAAAGGUGCAGCUUCUUUAACUGUUGUGAGUUUUGUUGGGCGCCAUCUCAAAGGGACAAAAGUGAUCUUUGUGGUCGGUCAAUCGGGAACUGGGAAGACUACGAUUCUGCAAGAGCUCACUGGCUUAGACUUGGCGACUGGAGACACCAUGAUGUCAGGGACUUUGCAAUACCGUGUCUGCCCAGCUGUCAUCGGUGAUCAACAGUACCUCUUCGUUGAUACAGCCGGCUUCGGCGCUGCUGAUAUGGAUGACAUGGCGAACUUCCAGGACAUUGUUAGUUGCAUCACAGCGCUUGGAUCCUUCGUGGACAUCGCCGGAUUGCUCUUUGUCUACGGCAAGCCUGAUACUCGCAUUAUGCGUCCAGACCUCCAGACUAUGCAGUGGGUCCAAUGCUUUUGCGGUCCUGAGUUCUUUCACAAAGUCACAUUCAUAACAAAUCGAUGGGAUACUUACAACGAGGAUUCAUUCGAGGAAUCUUGGGCGCGAGUCAGUGAAUUGCUUCGGGAUAAGAAUGUUGAACAGAUUCUGGACCCACCUCAGCGGUAUCAUGGAGGCUCUCUUUAUCAUCAUGGGUUUCCCGGAGGCGGAAGCGAUAUCCACACAUUCGCAUCUAUCCUUUCCAAGAGGCGACACGGACCGCAAAGGGCGGCGGAGAUCGAGGCUUUAAUCCUGCGUAAAUAUGCAGAAAGCGAGCCUGUCAAGCUUCAAAUAGCUCGCGAACUGGAAGCUGGAGUAGCCCUCAAAGAUACAGAGGCAGCAAAAGUCUUGCAGGCCAACCCAGUCGACAUCAAGAUCAGCAUUUCUCAAGAUCGAGCCACGGUGAAAAAUGAAAGCAAUGCUCGAAACAAUCCAUCUCAAUUCUUGGAUAGACCGGAAACAGCAUCUCGGCAGCGCAACGCGGAGAGCCAAGAGGAGCAACAACCAUCCUGGUUCGCCAGGACCUGGGCAUGGAUCGAAGUCGCAAAACAGGCCGCUGUAUAUUUCAACCAGGUUAGGAGAGCCAGAGACUCUACGCAACGACGAUCUUGGUUCACCUUCGACAAUCUUAGAAACUGGUGGUCUGGCUCACCACCAGACAGAUUCUGA